AUGCGCGCCGUCAUUCGGCUACAGCCACGGUUGUUUGCCAGGCCUGCCAUCCAUGGAGUCGCGACUUGGUCCUCGGUCCGGUCACAAUGGCUGUCCACAAGCGCGUCCCGUUCAUGUUCAUGCGCGGAUGCGGCCAACGGCCGACCGACCAAAGAGGCGCCCUUCCCCCCUCCGAAUGACCAUCGAGCUCUGGGAACCAGCCUGGAGCUGUUUGCUACAUCCAACUACAGUCCUGGCUCCCCGCUCUUCCUGCCGAGUGGAACGCACGUCAUCAACAAGCUCAUCUCCUUCCUCCGCACGCAGUACCUGCAGUACGGCUUCCGCGAAGUCCUCACCCCGACGAUCUAUAAACAGUCCCUGUGGGAAAUCUCAGGCCAUUGGCAAAAUUACAAGGAUGAUAUGUACGAGGUGACGGGUCGCGGCGCGACGGGCGCGACGGAGGGCGAGAUUGGAGAGGAUGAGGCGUACGGGCUAAAGCCGAUGAACUGUCCCGGCCACUGCUUGCUCUUCAAGUCACAGAAUCACUCCUACCGUGAACUCCCGGUUCGCUAUGCGGACUUCAGCCCGCUGCACCGAAACGAAAUUUCCGGCGCGUUGACGGGUCUGACUCGAGUGCGGCGCUUCCAUCAGGACGACGGGCACAUCUUCUGUCGUCCGUCCCAGAUCAAAUCAGAGAUCGCGUCCGCUCUGGGAUUUGUGGACAUGGUCAUGACUACGUUUGGGCUGGGACCAUACCGGUUAGUCUUGUCCACGAGGCCGGAGACGGAUUACAUUGGGACACUGGAGCAAUGGGAGAAUGCAGAGCACCAAUUACGAGAGGCUCUCGACAGCACGGGACGCGAUUGGGCUUUGAACGAGGGGGAUGGGGCAUUUUACGGGCCCAAAAUUGAUAUCCAGCUCCAAGAUCACGCGGGGAAGUUCCACCAGUUGUCAACCAUUCAGCUGGACAUGAACCUGCCCCAGCGGUUUGAGUUGGAGUAUCAAGUGGCCGAGGGUGAAGAAGACUACAACCCAGCCACACCCGGCGUUGCAAGACCGGUACUUGUGCACCGUGCAAUUUUCGGCUCCCUCGAACGAUUCCUGGCAUUGCUUAUUGAGCAACAUGGUGGCCAUUGGCCAUUCUGGCUGUCUCCUCGCCAAGGCAUCAUCUUGACCGUGAACCAGGACGAGGCUGUGGUGCGCCAGGCUCAGCAGGCUGUGUCUCAAUUCUCCGGGUUCAAGGUCCUUGAAAGUGGCGGAAGCGCUACACCACCACGUCCGCUAUCCUCGGUCGAUUCUACCUUCCUCAUCGACGUGGACAGUAGUGCGCAGACCCUCAGCAAAAAGAUCCAGCGGGCCAAGCAGAUGAAGUACAACUUCAUCUUCGUUCUUGGCUCGCGGGACGUUGCCGAGGGGGGGAUCACCUUGGAUGUCACCGGUCAGAUGCAGAGCAAGACCGAUCCUGACGCCAAGGAGUUCCAGACUCUCCUGACAUCGCAGCUUGGAGAACAGGCACUCAAAAAUCCACGUGCCGUGAAGCUCAAGAUGGACCAGGUGCAUCCAUUGCUUGUCCAACUGGAGCGAAGCUUCCUCUGA